CACCUGCGGGCGGGGCGAGAGCGCGGAAAUGCCGCGGUGCCCGGGGCAGCAGAGGUAGCCUCUGUGUGGCGGCAGCCCGUGUGCCAGCUGGCAUUUUCCUCGCCUUGCUCGUCCGGAGCGCCGGGAGCAUCCACCCGGGGCUAUCUCUGCACCUGGGCUACGCUUGCUGCCGCCGGGAGGAUGGCACAGCCGGCGGGGGAGACGCGUGCCUGCGCCGCGGCAGCCGGAGGUGACGGCGAGGAGCUGAACGGCAGGAAGGUGGCUCUGAUCACCGGCAUCACCGGGCAGGAUGGCUCGUACUUGGCCGAGUUCCUGCUGGAAAAAGGCUACGAGGUGCAUGGCAUCGUUCGUCGGUCUAGUUCUUUUAAUACGGGCCGGAUUGAACAUCUCUAUAAGAACCCACAGGCUCACAUUGAAGGAAACAUGAAGCUGCACUACGGUGAUCUCACAGACAGCACCUGCCUGGUGAAGAUCAUUAAUGAAGUCAAACCCACUGAGAUAUACAACCUGGGAGCUCAGAGCCAUGUCAAGAUUUCUUUCGACCUAGCAGAAUAUACUGCUGAUGUUGAUGGGGUUGGCACUUUACGGCUCCUAGAUGCCAUUAAGACCUGUGGCCUUAUCAACUCUGUGAAGUUCUACCAAGCCUCCACCAGUGAACUUUUUGGAAAAGUGCAAGAAAUCCCGCAAAAGGAGACCACCCCUUUUUACCCAAGAUCGCCUUACGGAGCAGCAAAACUCUAUGCCUACUGGAUUGUGGUGAACUUCAGAGAGGCCUACAAUCUGUUUGCUGUGAAUGGCAUCCUCUUCAAUCAUGAAAGCCCCAGGAGAGGAGCUAACUUUGUUACUCGAAAAAUUAGCCGAUCGGUAGCAAAAAUUCACCUUGGACAGCUGGAUUGUUUCAGCCUGGGCAAUCUGGAUGCCAAGAGAGACUGGGGCCAUGCCAGGGACUACGUUGAGGCCAUGUGGCUGAUGUUGCAAACAGAUGAGCCGGAGGACUUUGUCAUAGCCACUGGGGAGGUCCAUAGUGUCCGUGAAUUUGUGGAGAAGUCAUUUAAGCACAUUGGGAAAACCAUUGUGUGGGAAGGGAAGAAUGAAAAUGAAGUAGGACGAUGCAAAGAGACUGGCAAGAUUCAUGUGACAGUCAAUCACAAGUACUACAGGCCAACUGAAGUGGAUUUUCUGCAAGGGGACUGUACCAAAGCCAGACAAAAGCUGAACUGGAAGCCGAGAGUCACGUUUGAUGAGCUGGUGAGGGAGAUGGUGGAUGCCGAUGUGGAGCUCAUGAGGAACAACCCCAAUGCCUGAUCCCUGGCUGGGCCCAACAGGCAUCACAGGGGUGACCCAUACCAGAGGUGCACCUCACAACCAGCACCACCAUAAGCCACCAGGGUGGGUGGCCAGCCAUCCGCCCCUCCCUGUGAUGGUUUUACUGCUGGCCUGCCUGUGCAGGAAAGCCCAGUUUUAUUCCCCACUCCACCCUCCACACACUCCCUGUGCCUCUCGCCCCACAGAUCAUCCCAGGGUCAGCCCUGCCUGGGCUAACUCUGGCUUUUGCCAGUAACUGGGGAAAGGUCACCCCUGACCGAUACUGCACAUGAAGUACUGAUCAGCCAACAAGCCUACUGAUUUCCUUUUUUAAUUAAAACUCAUCAAUUAGCUAGGAC